ACUGCUGCGCUUUUCAAAUGAAAAUCUACCUCCUAACAUCCGGUGCUGCUGACUGCCUCCAGCUGGUUUGACGCAGCUCGGAGGAGUCCCUGCCCAGCUCCAGCUGUUCUCCCCGCUGCUUUGCCCCGCUGCCUCCGCUCCGCUGCCUAUCCUCGUUUCAAAUGUCACGGCGAUCAUGACAGGCAUCGCGGCUGUUUCCUUCUUCUCCAACGCUUGCAGCUUCGCCGGCUGCGGGCUUCAUUUUGACUCCCUGUCUGAGCUCAUCAUGCACAUCGAGGAUAACCACAUCGAUACAGACCCCUGUCUUUUGGAGAAGCAGGAGCAGCAGCAGCCAACAUAUAUUGCUCUCAGUUACAUCAGUAGGUUCAUGACUGAUGCCGCAAGGCGAGAACAUGAGGCCCUGAAGAAAAAACUACAGCCCAAACUCUCCCUAACAGGCAGUCUGUCACGCAGCAACAUUUCCACACCGCCCCGUCACACCAGUGGAAACCUCACCCCUCCAGUCACCCCACCCAUCACCCCUUCCUCUUCCUUCCGCAGCAUCACACCUACAGGUAGCGAGUGUGAUGAUGAGGAUGUCGAGUUUGAGGCUUCUGAUAGUGACGAAUCGUGGACCACAGAGAGUGCCAUCAGCUCUGACUCUAUCCUGAGCUCUAUGUGCAUGAAUGGAGGAGACGAGAAGCCUUUUGCCUGUCCCGUUCCUGGCUGUAAGAAAAGAUAUAAGAACGUGAACGGCAUCAAGUACCAUGCCAAGAACGGCCACCGAACCCAGAUCAGGGUGCGCAAACCUUUCAAGUGCCGCUGUGGAAAGAGUUACAAGACAUCUCAGGGUCUCCGGCACCACACCAUCAACUUUCACUCACCCAUCUCCUCUGACGUCCUCCGCAAGAUCCAGCAGUAGCUGAGGCGGAGUGGAUGACCAGCACUUUCACCCCUCAGGCCAUAUAAACCCCCAUCUAAAAUACACAUCAGCAGCAGCAGCAGCAGCAGCAUGCCGUUUUCUUCUGCCUUCAUUCCACUUUGUUACAACACUAGUGUGUUUUAAUUGCACAGCACGUUUGUAUUAAUCAACCAUCAUUUCCUUUGAAAAAGCUACAUAUUUAUGUAGUUUACAUUUUGUAUUUUUGCACAUGUCAGAUAUCUUUCAGCUGACCUUUUUUCUUUUACUUAUUUUUGUUGAUCAUGCUGACUUUAGAAAAGGUCAGGACAUGCAUAGUCUUACAUUUGCAGUAUGGCAUUCUUCCUUAUGCUGAAUGACAGCUCGGGUUUUCUGUUGAAAGGAAGCACCGUCCUCCUCCCUGUCACAGCAGGCAUGAAAUGGGACAGAUACAAGUGGAACAUGUGUCCGCACUAGGGAUGGUGAGUUGCUGUGUCUUAAAAAAGGGACUUUUAGUUUUAUAUAACAAAAAUUUCUCCAAAAGAUCUCAGGGGAUUUUUCUGCAAGCAUUUCAGCUCCUGAAGGUAAAUGGGUCGAUGUUCUUCAGUGGGAAUGUAAGAACAUUUUACCGUAAGUGUUUUUUACUUUAUAUCUGAUUACUUUCUUUAAGACCAAGCAGCUGCCCUUUCUAGCUUUCCAGUUUAAUAAAGCACUUUUCAGGCAAAUACUUAAAUGACUAUUUUUCCCUGCAUCAUUUUUUUUUCUUCUAGAUUUAGUUAUUGGAUAAACACCCUUUAAGUCUUGGUAUUGUCACUUUCCUUAGGUUCAGCAAUUGCCUUAAAUUGUUUCCCAUUCCAAAAAACACAAUCAGUACAGCUAUGAAUGUCCCCUUCUAUCUGUUUGGUCUUCAUCCUCUUUAUUUGUCAGAUACUGUUUUGGUUGAAAAAGGUUAAAGAAAAACGUUAAGAUGCCAGAAUAACAAUGUUUGAUUUUUCGAAGCACUCGUUUAUUUUCCAGGAAACUUUUUUUUUUCCACAAUUUCUUUCUUAAAAAUAACAGGUUCACAAGAUUUAAAAAAAAAAAAAUAAAUUCUCAAACAUGCAGCUUUAGAUGCUGAACUCCAUAUGUUUUUGUACCUGAACCUCAUAAUUCUAGCAAGAUAAGUAAUGCCUGUUUUUGCAGAGUUCAUUUAAAUAUGUUAUUUCCAAUACUCUGUAGAGUUGAGGCCAGUUCUCUGGGAAGGCAAGAGGCUUCAUUUCACUCUACCUCAUCCAGUAUAUUUUCCAUUAAUAGUACUUAGCUAGUCACUGAAUAAAUGUCAGGAAUUUUAUUUAAAGAGAUGAAUAAAUAAACCAGAGCAUUUCUGGUUCAUUGAUAAUCUGCCAGAAAAUCCCUUAAGUGUCAAUUUUAUAUUUUUUGCUUCAUUUGCUUUUUGAGUGAGUUUUAAAAAAGGAAAGAAAAAUAUAUAUGUCUAAAAUGCAUCAGUUACAUAGUCUGGACUGAGUAUGAGCAGUAGCUCUGCCAAACUAUUGCUUUGGGCCCCUUUAAUAGAUACAAGAAAAGUUAAACUUCUUUAAAACAAAUUAAAAGCCCAAAUGGGUCAACUUCUGCAAUAUCGCCUUUUCUUAUUGCAGUAAUGAACUCAAACCAUCUGACACUGGUGUUCCAACUGGUUUCUGAUCAGAUAGUGUCUUUCCCUUAUGUCUUUCAUUUUUGCAAUCCUUUGCUUUGUUCUAAAUGAGUUUGGUCUGAAAGGAGCGGCCUUCUCUGGAAUCUGUUCCUCAGCCUUCUGAGCUUAGGGUCGUUGUUGUUGCUGCUAAACUGUGCACCGACGGUCCUACUCAGUGUUCAUGCAACCAUGUCAUGUCAAAACAUUUCUAUUUUCAUAUAAGAAUAUAAAUGAGUUGCCAUUCCGUUUGCAUAAUGCAGCGUCCAAACAUCCCUGGUGCCAUUGCAUAAAAUCUGCACAUCCUACAUAAGAUUGUGAGAGAUCUGCAAACCCCAAAAGGAUUGUGGCUGUAUUGUACCGUCAGUAUAUGAAUAUAUUGUGAACGGUGAAUGUAUCGUCACCUUUUAAGUGUUACAUUUAUUUUUCUGUUUUUGUAUAGCAAGAAAAAAAAAAGGUAUAAACCCAACCAGAAGUGGUGCUGUACUGUAUUUCUGCUGGUAUAUUUUACAUUAAAAGUUCACCUGUACUUCUGACUCCUGCUCAUUAAUUAUCACACAUUCAAUUUCAAAGCAACUUUAUUAGUUUGUUUAGAUACAUGAAACUCACUUAACUAAUGAAGGAAAUAACUUAAUGACUUAAAAGAAAAGUAAAUGAAAUUGAACAGAAGCUGAGCAUGCACUGAUUAGACAAUUAGAAUUAAAACAAUAAGGAAACUUAGCUAAUUAAAAAUCGACAUAUUACACAAAGUAUAAAGGCGCUCACAAUAUUGCCUUGAAUC